CGAGCGAGUCCACUAAUGUCGGGUUCUGUGACCUCUUCCUUUCUAAGCCUGACAAGCCGAGCUGGAGGACUUGUCUCAACUCCAAAGUUUUCAAUCCAAAAUCUUCGUAAUCUCAAUCAGUUAUUAGUAUUCUCCUCACCAUCUUCAAACCCAUCUCCCAGAAUCGGUUAUAUAAGAAACCCUCUACCUCUCUGUCGCUUCAAUCUGACAACAAGUCCCUACUCUUCCUCUGCAUCUUCUUCUGUUGUUGCUAACGUCUCCGCAGCUCCUUCAACAACGAUGGGUGAUGUCACUGACGCCGGUAUGGAUGCCGUUCAGAGGCGUCUCAUGUUUGAGGAUGAAUGCAUUUUAGUGGAUGAGAAUGAUAAAGUUGUGGGACAUGACUCGAAGUAUAACUGUCAUUUAAUGGAAAAGAUUGAGUCUGAGAAUUUGCUCCAUCGGGCAUUCAGUGUCUUUUUGUUCAACUCCAAGUAUGAAUUGUUGCUUCAGCAACGCUCUUCUACGAAGGUUACAUUUCCCUUAGUUUGGACAAACACCUGUUGCAGUCACCCACUGUAUCGCGAGUCAGAGCUGAUCGAGGAAAAUCAUCUCGGAGUACGUAAUGCUGCUCAAAGGAAACUAUUUGACGAACUGGGCAUUGCUGCCUCCGACUUACCAUUGAAUGAAUUCAUUCCCCUUGGCAGGAUACUGUACAAAGCUCCAUCAGAUGGCAAAUGGGGAGAACAUGAACUGGACUACCUCCUCUUCAUUGUAAGAGAUGUUAAUGUGAAUCCCAACCCUGACGAAGUUUCUUCUGUUCGGUAUGUUAAUCGGGAUCAGCUGCGAGAGCUUUUACAGAAAGCUGAUGCAGGUGAGGAGGGACUGAAGCUGUCACCCUGGUUCCGGCUCGUGGUGGACAACUUUUUGUUCAAAUGGUGGAAUCAUGUUGAGAAGGGGACCCUACAGCAAGCAGCAGACAUGAAGACGAUACAUAAGCUCUCUUAAUCAAUUGGUAAUUGUCUUCC